UGUGUGGUGUAGAUAUUUUAUUGUGAUAGAUUUUUUUUAAUAGCGGUUCGAAAACCAAUGACUCAUGAUUUUGAGUAGACCUUAUGUAGUGAUUUGGUGGGUUAUCAAUAUCUGAGAGGGGUUCUCCUAUAUAUAUGAAGGAGUGCAGCGUAUGCGCGGCCGCAGCGGCUGCGGCGGCGGCGGCUGCAGCGUGGACCCACCAGGGUACAGAUAGUAAUAAGGCGACAGCACCAGCAUCGCCAGUAGUUACCAACGGUACAUCCGGUUCACCUGUUUAUACAAAAAGUUGUGCCGGUGGAGCGAGUGGGAGUGGCGUGGUAGGAGUGACGCGGCGUGGUCGGUGCAAGUGGUUCAAUGUGGCUAAAGGAUGGGGAUUCAUUACACCUGAUGACGGUGGACAAGACGUCUUUGUGCAUCAGAGCGUCAUCCAAAUGCCCGGAUUUCGGUCACUAGGAGACGAAGAAGAGGUGGAAUUUGAGUGCAAGGAGUCCGAUAAGGGUUUGGAAGCAACACGGGUAUCAGGUCCUUCUUCAGUUGACUGCCAAGGCUCCCAUCGCCGUCCUUUAUCAAAGAAGAGAUUCAGAAAAAUGCGUUGCUAUAAUUGCGGUGAAUUCUCUAAUCACAUAGCAGCAAAGUGCAGCAUGGGUCCACAACCAAAGAGAUGUCAUAACUGUAAGAGCGAAGAUCACCUCAUUGCCGAAUGUCCUUUAAAGAAGAAAGACGAUCGUCAAUCAAAGGGUUCUGGCAGCUCCCAAGGAAGUCAGUUAGGCAGCCCGCAGUCGUAAUCGCAUCGUUCAUUCUAGUUUGCGUUACAAAACGUGUUUAGCAUUUAUUCGUUAAAGCAUUAUGUUUACAUUAAGGAACCUAAACUAAUGUCUUGUAAGUUCGAUUAGUGUGAAAAACGAAAUUGCUAUCAAAAACAGUUUUUCCGAUAUCAUGACAUUCGCAAUGUAUUAGAACAAAUAUUUUUUCUAAUAUUCUAAAUUUUACAUUUACCUAGAAAUAUGAGUAUUUUGGUUGUAAAAGCGUAACGAAUCCCGUCUACCUCAAUAUGGCCAAUAAUAUAAAAUAGUUACAGUAUGAAUUAUAGAAUUAAGCACAAGACUGAUCAGUACAAAUCCAUAAUGUAGUAGUACAAAACUUUACACUUAAUAAUUUAAUGGAUAGAAACUUUAUAAUUAAGUUCUGCAAAAGUAACGUAAGUACAAAAUUUAUGUGUUCGAGUGUCAAUAUUUUAAUUAAUUUACUUUAUAUUGUGUUUACCCAAAGUGUGUGUAUAUCAUUAUUAUUAAUUUUGUUGCUAUUUUAUAUUAUGACAAACUUUAUAUUUAGUUAUAACCAGAAUUAGAUUAGAAGUAUUAUAUCUGGCUAUGAAUAUUACGAGGAAGUUUUAAAAUCCUAGACUCUAGGAAAUUUGAAUAGUUUUAACACCGUUAUAGUAUAAAUAUUGCAAUUUUGCAAUAAUUUAAGUACCUAAUAAAACUACCUCUAAUUUAAAAAGAAUUAGGUUUAGAAAAUCAUAAUUAUUAAUACUUAUACAGAAUAACUACAAAACAAUAUUCUGCAUUAAACAAUAGGUGUUAUUGUGCGAAGGUCCAUAUCACUGGUUAUUUAUUUAGCAUUAUUAUGUUUAAUUCCGCUACCAUUACUAUCAAAAGUUCUACAAUUUUCACACGUGUCACAAAACAUACGUAGAGGAAAUGAUAGUCAAAAUUGAGGGCUAAUAUGAGAGGUUGUAGAACUUCUAGUAGUAAAGAUUGUAAACAAUUUUUAGUUGUGGGGGCAGUCACACACGUACUAAUGAUAGCGGAAUUAAAUAAAAUAGUUUAAACACUGAUACGAGUAUAUGUUGCAUAUCAUAUAAAUUUAAGUGUGAUUUUGUUAACAAUGGCACAGCUCUGUAUCACAUCACAUGCAUUACAAACAUGUACUAGUAUAUGGAAUUUUACAAACCAAAGGAAAAACAUGUUGCAAUAAUACUUAUAAUUAUUUGUAUUUUAAACGUAGUGCUCAAUGAGUGAAACCGACAUAUUUUUUGACAAAGCAAACCUUGAAGUUUAAGAUAUUAUAAAUGCUUACAUCAUCUGUUACUUGUAUUUAUAAUGAAAUAUUUAUUAUUUUAUUUAUAGAAUGAAUAUAAUGUGUGACAAUUUGCGUUUUAAGUUGCUCAAAUGUAAUAAAUAAGUUUGUAACGGAAGUUAUUCAAUCAUAGAUAUAUAGUAUUUUGUAUUACUACUAUAAUAUUCAAUUUGAAAGAUAGAAAAUAUAUAAAAAUAGACCAUUUGUAAAAUCGCUCACAAGCAUGUAACAGAGUAAUGUUGAUUUGUUUUCUUUUACUUGUAUUACUGUAAUGCUUGCCGUAGACGAGAAAUCGAUGAGUUUGUAAUCUCUCUGGAAAUCAUACGUUAAGGAGAUUUUAACGCCAUAAAAAAAUUCUAUAAAAACAGAAUAAACAUUACAAAAUUAAUUAGAAAUCGGCAAACUAAAAAUCUGUAAUCUUAUUGCCGGAUAUUUGUAAAAAUAAAGAUAAGAUAGCGGUUUUUAUUGACAACACUGAAAUCAAUUAUUAGAUAUUAAUUUAUUAUUGAUGUAUGUAAAUUUCUUAAAACAUUAAAACGGGUAGAAAUAAUAAUAAGAAAAAAAAAUUAAAUAUGAUUUACUUUAAAAAUAAUAUUUAUAUUUCCUUCAUGAUCCCAUUUUAUUAUUUUUGCGUUUUAUGGAUGGUCUUUUAUACGAGAGUGAAUAUAUGUUACUGCAAUAUAUAAACGUUUAAUAUAUGAUUUAAUGUUAUUAUUAAUAUGUAUGGAAGUAAACUAUGAAUCGUUUGUCUUAUUUUUAAAAUGUUUUUAAAGCUUUUCAUAAAUUUUACCAUGAAUGUAAUAAUAUUAUUGAAAUCCAUGAAAAUGAGAAAGUAAGAUGUUACUGUAUUAAAAUAGACUAAAGAAAUAAAACUGAUUGCUUUGAAUUUUAAAUGAAAUUAUCAGCCAGAUAAAGAAACGUUAAUGGAUGAACUGCGCAGAACAAUAUUUCUGAUCAACUUAAGUUUUGGUGAAUUUCAGAAUUAUGAUACAUAACAGGACAGACAGAUAGACUAAAUCUGUAAUUCAAUUUUGGUUUGCAAUGCAAAAUGCAAAAGCAGUUUUACAUGGAUUAGGAGGUUUCAUCUAGAAUUAAUUUUAUAAAGUUCAAUGAUAUAAAAAAAACAUUAGACAAUUAAAGUGCAGUAUAAAAUACUUAUUUACUCAACGAGCAUUAAAUUUUUGCUUCUAAAUUUUAUAUUUUAUUUGAAACUUAAUAGUUAUUAUUUCCUGUAAAAUAAUAUUAUGACGAGUUUCUAAGUUUUAUUCUUCCUUAACAAAUGAGUAAAAGUUUGUUAUGCUAUGUUUUUCAAACAAAAAAAAAGCAGUGUACUUUUCCUAUUUUAAUGAAGUUUUAUUACAUUAAUUAUAUAGUUUUUAGAAUUUAUUUUAAUUAUAAUAUUAUGAGUGUAACCCAUCGAAGCGUCUAAGUAUAACUAGAUUAAUAUUUAACAAUUUUCAUAAUAAUUCCAGUUUUGUUAUUUGAGAUUAGAAAUAGUAACAUCGACAGAUAAUGUUAAGUAUUUACUCAUUAGUAACCAAAACAUGCCAUAACAUACUUAAGUAAAUUACUUAAAUAAUUAGGUAUUUACGAAUACGGGUUUCUUCAGUUUUCAAUUAUUUUAUACAUUAGUAGUUUCGUAGUUAUAUAUAGAUAAGAUCUAAAUGAAAGACUACUUGAAAUCGAUCUACCUCAUAAUUUAAUUUGGUUUAUUAGAGUUUAUUGAUAAGUUAAUUAACAUUUACAAAUUCUAGCAUUUAUUUUUUCAUACUAUCUUCGCUACGCCGAAUUUUUAGGAUUUGUAUAUCUUAUGUUUAGAGUUUAAAAUUUUGUUUUUUUUUUAAUUAUUCAAAGAAAAUAAAUUUAAAAAAUGUGUCGUAUUUUAUUUGUUAUAAUUGCCAACAUUAUUAUUACUA